AUGUCUCGGGAUCGGGCCAAAUUUAAGGAGACAUUGCAUGCCGAGCAACAAAGAAUUCAAAUAGGGCUUAUCGGAGAUGGAUCAGUCUCUGAGGAGCUCGAAAAGAAGAAGCACUUGUCGACUCUAAAAUUUGAUUCUUUCGAAAGUCUGAAUUUGGACCGAGUUCCAAGCCCAAGGGAACCGCUUGUCGAGCGAAACUGGAUUGAGCAGCAUCUAGAGUACACGAGAAGAUAUAACUUGACAGAUGAUGCUGUUGCUUCCGCGGCAGACUUCCGAAGACAGAAUAAAGAAGAGUGCCUCGCCUCGUUUGAGAAAGAAACCGAAAACUUUUUACUGCUUGAAAGCGGCGACGAAUCAUUUGAGUCUGAAAAAAGUGAGGGUCAUGAAGUUGUCUCGAAAAAAACUGAAGGCAUAUUUCGCCCGUCUUCGCCCAAUCCGUACGAUUUGAAAGACGAUCGCAUCAAGGAUUACACUGUCAAUCACCGUCUUUUUCCAGUGCCACUUUUUCCUGAAAAUGCGUCUCAGUCAGGACCAGGGACGAAGGAAUUAUCGACGAAUUAUGUGCGGAUCUCUGUUCCUUCGAGAGCACUUUUGCCUGAGUAUAAAAGAGAGCUCCAAAAUACUCCGGUGAGCACAGAAGACUCUUUAUGCUUGUGGGAGCACUGCGUCAAAGGACACAGACAAGUCGGCCAGCAUAAGAAGACUUCCUCAAGCAGAAACAAAUUAGAUCUGAGGUCGCAUUUGAAUCCAGCGGAUGCCGUGGACGUUUACAAGAUAAAAUCUGGACAGAGUUUCAAGUUUAAUACUCGAGCAGAUCCCUUCGACAUUUCAAAAUUGAACCUCGCCGAACGCCGAUAA